GCGGGCGAGCGAGCGAUCGUUCGAGCAGCGACUAUAUAAACGCCGCGCAAACUGAUCGCGUGCUUUAGUUAGAGCGUGGAUACAUUUUCAAAAUCAAAUUCGAAAAGCGCAUUAUUAUCAAACAAAUAAGCAACAAAAAGAGAAAAUUCAAAGUGUGGUAAAUAGCAGAAGUUGAGAAAUUGUCGAGUUAACUACGUUAAACACACAAAAGAACAACAAAAUUCAACAAAAAACUGCACCACAAUGAGUGGACGAGAUAACCGUGGCAGUGGCCACCAACCGCUCAGCAAUGCAAUGGGCAAAAUAAAGGACAAACUCACGCGUUCAACGGACAGCUACGAACGCGUCGAAGAGGGACUCUCUCAAUCCAACACAGCAACCAGUUUGGACACAAUUCUACCCGAGGAUCCAUUCCUCUUUCCACGAGGACCCACAGCACAGCAAAGACAAAUGGUGCCGCAAAAUAAUUUCAGCGUCGACGAUACACCUCUACAGUUUGGUCCAAUCAUUGAAGACAAUGACAUACGCGCCCCACCCACAUUGCCGCUGCCUAGCAGUCAGACUAAAACUGGCGGCGGCAAUAAGGAUUUCGUGGCGCUACCACCUCCACCGUCAUCACAGCACAGUCACCGCGAUCACCACCAGCGCAGCACAGUUUCGCUAGCCAAUGACGACCUGCAACGCAGCAAGCAGUCGCUAAAGGGAUCGCGCGUGUCCUUCGAGCGUCGCUCUGUUGACAGCAGUGAUGAGGAUAAUUUCGAGAGCCUGCGCAGUGGCUACCAACAACAGAAAACAAUUAGCGUAGACCACAAGGGUAUAUUGAAGGACCUCAAAAACAUACUUGCAAACGACAAUCGUCGGCAGUUUCAAGCUAAAAAACAUGUCUCGCUUGAUGUGAAGGGUACACGCUUUCUGGAAGACAUGCUGAAAGAAUCCUCCUCUGAGGAAGAAUUUCGUAAAAAUCGACGAGAAUUCCAAGGUCGAAAACAUCAAAGUUUAGAUCCCCGCGUCAGCUUCAGGCUGGAAAAGGUGCUGCAGGGUUCCAGUACAGACAGUGAAGAGGAAGCGGAUGAUGUGGAGCAUAAGCGUUUAAUACACCGCCCCAAGGACAUAACCAAGCCGGUCAUUAUUGAUCUCAAGGACUUGGAAAGUGAAAGUGAGGAGGAUUAUUUGACAAGUCGUCAACAUUUCCAGCAACAACGCUCCAUAAGUACAGACUCCCGAAAGAGCCAUAGACUGUAUGAAAUGGAUGAAAUGGGUAAAAAGAAAAAUGAAAACCUGCGCAACGCUGUACCUUUUGUCAGACAAAUCACCGAGGAUGGCAAACCCAAACUGGAAGUGUACCGACCGACAACGAAUCCAAUAUAUAUUUGGACGCAGGUACUUGCUGCACUUAGCGUGUCCCUGGGUUCAUUGGUUGUUGGUUUCUCAUCCGCCUAUACUUCGCCAGCCUUGGUCUCCAUGACUGAUCGGAAUUACACAGACUUCGACGUAACACCACAAGCGGCCUCUUGGGUCGGUGGUCUAAUGCCUUUGGCGGGCUUAGCCGGUGGCAUUGCUGGCGGUCCCUUCAUUGAAUACCUUGGUCGUCGCAACACUAUCCUCGCAACCGCUGUGCCCUUCAUUAUCUCAUGGCUGCUAAUCGCCUGUGCUGUUAACGUUGGCAUGGUGCUAGCUGGCCGUGCGCUUGCCGGCUUCUGCGUGGGUAUUGCUUCGCUCUCGCUGCCCGUGUACUUAGGUGAAACGGUACAGCCUGAAGUACGUGGCUCAUUGGGUCUGUUGCCUACUGCUUUCGGUAAUAUAGGCAUAUUACUGUGUUUCGUUGCCGGUACAUACAUGGAUUGGUCGAAGCUAGCCUUCCUUGGUGGUGCACUACCUGUGCCCUUCCUGAUACUUAUGUUCCUUAUACCCGAAACUCCACGUUGGUAUGUUUCACGUGGACGUGAAGAUCGUGCUCGUCGUGCUCUACAAUGGCUGCGUGGCAGACAAGCCGAUGUGGAACCUGAAUUGAAGGGUCUAUUGCGAACACAAGCUCAAGCUGACCGACAUGCAACAGGCAAUCAGCUAAUGGAGUUGAUGAGGCGCAGCAAUUUGAAGCCUUUAUCCAUUUCGUUGGGUCUUAUGUUCUUCCAGCAGCUCAGCGGCAUAAAUGCAGUCAUUUUCUAUACAGUAUCGAUAUUUCAAGAUGCGGGAUCAACCAUUGAUGGCAAUGUGUGUACAAUCAUUGUGGGUGUGGUGAACUUUAUAGCAACAUUUAUGGCAACUGUACUUAUCGAUCGGCUGGGACGUAAGAUUUUACUGUAUAUCUCCGAUGUGGCCAUGAUUCUUUCACUUUUCACACUUGGCGGUUUCUUCUACUGCAAAGCAGCUGGCAUGGAUAUCUCUGAAAUUGGUUGGUUGCCACUGGCUAGUUUUGUUAUCUACGUAGUUGGCUUUUCACUCGGUUUUGGACCAAUUCCCUGGUUGAUGAUGGGCGAGAUAUUGCCAUCAAAGAUUCGUGGCUCAGCCGCAUCGGUGGCCACGGCUUUCAACUGGUCAUGUACAUUCAUCGUAACGAAGACUUUCCGCGACAUGAUUGACACAAUGGGUGCGCAUGGUGCAUUCUGGCUUUUUGGUUCCAUCUGUGUGGUGGGCUUGUUCUUCGUGAUACUGUAUGUGCCAGAGACGCAGGGCAAAACUCUUGAAGAUAUUGAACGCAAAAUGAUGGGUCGCGUGCGUCGUAUGUCCUCUGUGGCGAACAUGAAACCGCUGUCCUUCAAUAUGUAGAAGGGUAUUACUCAAGUCCGGCAUGCGUAGAGCGUAUGCGUAAUACAUGUACAUAAAAAUAUAUAUGUGUACAUACAUACAUACAUACAACCAAAUACUAGUUUAAGUGCCUUAACUUUAAAUCUAGUUCCCGUGACACUGCAGCAGCUCUAAGGAACCAGUGUAUGAAGUAAAGUUUGACGAACAAAGCGGAAAUAAAGUGCGCAGUUAGAAUGUACGAAUAUUAUAUAGUUAUUUAAGCAGUUAGCAAGUCAAAGAAGUUAUGUAGAUGAGAUUUAUUAUAUUCUAAAUGUGAUGUAGUCUAUUAGCCGCUGGGCAAAGGAAUGAGUGAAUUACCGUUUGCUCGGUUUGUGACAUGAGGCGUGCAAAAUUUUUUAAAAAGAAAUAUGUAAGAAGAAACAAACUAUGAUAUGCAAAAAAAUAUUGUGUUAUUAGUAGUAUUUACCGUAAAAAUGUAGUAGUGAACUGUGUACUUUGUUUUUUGAUGGAAAAUAUCAAUUUUCUAUUAUUAUAUUGACUUGUAGUGCUACAUAUAUUUAUUAAGUUAGAGGAUAUAAAUAACCAAAAUUUGUUAAGAAAAAAGCAAAAGUUGAGAAAUGCAAAUUUGAAAGUAAUAAUGAAAUAGUUUAAAAACAAUUAUUAUUAUUGUAAACCAAUAUAAAUUAACUACCUAUUAUUUUUAAGUACCUGUUAAAACAAAGAAAACAUUCAAAUAUAAAAGGUUCAUAGACCAAAACCGAAGUGUACAAUGACCGAAAGCAAGUUAGCUUUUUUUUAGUACUCUUGAGAUGAA